GGCACCCCAUUCCUGGCCUCUGUCUCCCGCACCCUAUCCCUUCACAGCCUGUGCUCUAGGGGACUGGAGAUUUCCAAAACCUGACCCGAUCCCUCCCCAGUUCAGUUCCUUCUACUGCUUUGGGUGGAAGGCUGGUCGUUGUGUUAAAAGGCAGGAAGGGAGAAAGUUGCAUUUAAACUUUAGGAGCUGCGUCACGGCAGUCUCCUGGAGAAAGCUCCGCCGAACGGGACAGAUUCUUUUUGCAACUUGGAGGCGCCGGGCGUGGGGAGGAGGCGGCGCGUGGGGCGGGGGCGCGCGGGGCCGGGGUGCAGGCGGGGACGCGGGGUGACGCGGGCCCGGGCCGCUGUAGCACACAGGGGCUCGGUCUCUCGGCUUCAGGCGGAGUCCGGCUGCACUAGGCUGGGAGCGCGGCGGGACGCGAACCGGGAGGCUGGCAGCCCGCGGGCGAGCCGCGCUGGGGGGCCGAGGCCGGGGUCGGGGCCGGGGAGCCCCGAGAGCUGCCGCAGCGGGGUCCCGGGGCCGCGGAGGGGCCAUGGCUGCCGGCAGCAUCACUUCGCUUCCCGCACUGCCGGAGGACGGCGGCGGCGCCUUCCCACCCGGCCACUUCAAGGAUCCCAAGCGGCUCUACUGCAAGAACGGCGGCUUCUUCCUGCGCAUCCAUCCAGACGGCCGCGUGGACGGCGUCCGGGAGAAGAGCGACCCACACGUCAAACUACAGCUCCAAGCAGAAGAGAGAGGAGUUGUGUCCAUCAAGGGAGUGUGUGCGAACCGGUACCUGGCUAUGAAGGAAGAUGGACGGCUGCUGGCUUCUAAGUGUGUUACAGAAGAGUGUUUCUUCUUUGAACGCCUGGAGUCCAAUAACUACAACACUUACCGGUCACGGAAAUACUCCAGUUGGUAUGUGGCACUGAAACGAACUGGGCAGUAUAAACUCGGAUCCAAAACGGGGCCUGGACAGAAGGCCAUACUGUUUCUUCCAAUGUCUGCUAAGAGCUGACUCUCUUUAGACACUGUCA